CAUUACACGUUAGUCGCCACUGUUUAGUUUCAGUCGCCAGGUGGCGCUAAGGAGUCGGUCAAUCAGCGCGCUCGCUGCCGUGAGCUGCUGUCCGCUGACUGCGUGCAAUCAGUGAGUGCAGUACGCUCUACGAUGAUGGUCAGUGCCAGACCCUUAACGGACCUCAGUCAGAGUCAAUCACGACCACAGCUACAACCGACCCUCUGAAUUAUUCGAGUUUCGAGAGCUCAUUAAAUUGACGGAAUACACGAAAAUACGAUUUACCGGAGAAUCUUUUCGGGUUUUGUGGUACUAUGCCAGAAUCCAAAUGCCAUUUGGACAUUCAGCCACCUGGAUCCGAAUGACACCUGUAGCCAGCCUCCAUGCUUACCAAACACUAUGCCAACAUGCUUCACAGAAAUGGAUCUUUCUGUACGUGCCGUGGACCCCGUGAGAAGGGACCUUUGAGUUUGUAGUGUCAUCGCCAUCCUCCUACCUCUUCCUCUUAUCCUCUGCUUUUGUCCCUUGAGCCAUAUCUUUGAUUGCUCCACCUGUACGUUAGUGUUCACUGGGAUUUUUAAGAGCAUAAGCUUCCGUCAUCACUGAUCUCACCCUCAAAGGUUACGGCAAGGCUGACAAUGGCACAGCUUUUGUGUGUCACUGUGGUUUUGGCUGGAGUCUACCUUCUUCUCAGGCUCUGCGCUGGAGCAGGGCAGAAUCCUGACCACGUGCUGCUGGGCACUGGAGUGAAGCCUGGCUCAGACCCCAGAAGGCCUGGGGACGACUCCACUGUGGCACCAGAAGAUGCUGCCCGCUUUCUUAGCUGCUACUGCCAAGGUCACUGCCCUGAUGAUGCUAAGAACAACACCUGCGAGACAAAUGGGCAGUGCUUCGCCAUCAUUGAAGAAGAUGAAAAUGGAGAUGUGAUCUUAAGCUCAGGCUGUAUGAAAUAUGAAGGCUCCCACUUUCAGUGCAAGGAUUCGCAGUUUGCACAGACACGUCGAACCAUCGAGUGCUGCCAGUUAGACUUUUGUAAUCGAGACCUAAAGCCAGAGUUGCCACCUCGAGACUCAGAACCACCAGACCCUCACUGGCUGGCCUUCCAUUCAGUGUCUGUGUGCUUCUGCACCCUCAUCUGUGUCACUGUCAUCUGUUAUUACAGGUAUAAGUGGCAGACAGAGAGGCAGCGCUACCACAGAGACCUGGAGCAGGACGAGGCCUUUAUCCCAGCAGGAGAAUCUCUAAAAGAUCUCAUCAACCAGUCUCAAACCUCAGGCAGCGGCUCUGGGCUCCCCCUGCUGGUGCAGCGCACCAUUGCGAAGCAGAUCCAGACGGUGCGCCUUAUUGGAAAAGGGCGAUAUGGAGAGGUGUGGCUUGGUCGGUGGCGGGGGGAGAAGGUAGCAGUCAAAGUGUUCUUUACUCGAGAGGAGGCCAGCUGGUUCAGAGAGACGGAGAUCUACCAAACCGUGCUCAUGAGACACGAGAACGUACUAGGCUUCAUUGCUGCUGACAUAAAUGGCACUGGAGCCUCUACACAGCUGUACCUGAUCACAGACUACCAUGAGAACGGCUCUCUGUAUGACUAUUUGAAGUUCACCACUCUGGACACACAGGCCUUGCUCAGACUGGCCUACUCUGCAGCCUGUGGCUUGUGUCACCUGCAUACGGAGAUCUACGGCACACAGGGAAAACCAGCCAUCGCUCACAGAGACUUGAAGAGCAAGAACAUCCUCAUAAAGAAAAACGGCACCUGUUGCAUCGCUGACCUUGGGCUUGCUGUUAAAUUCAACAGUGACACAAAUGAAGUGGACAUCCCACUGAGCACACGUAUGGGGACCCGACGCUAUAUGGCUCCAGAAGUCCUGGACGAGACUCUGAACAAGAACCACUUCCAGGCCUACAUCAUGGCGGACAUCUACAGCUACGGGCUGGUUAUAUGGGAAAUGGCCCGACGCUGUGUCACUGGAGGUAUUGUUGAGGACUAUCAGCUACCAUAUUAUGAGAUGGUCCCAUCAGACCCAUCUUAUGAGGAUAUGCUGGAGGUUGUGUGCGUCAAAGGACUGCGGCCCACCGUAUCCAAUAGAUGGAACAGUGAUGAGUGCUUGAGGGCCAUGUUGAAGCUGAUGUCAGAAUGCUGGGCCCACAAUCCUGCAUCACGCCUGACCAUCCUACGAGUCAAGAAGACUUUGGCAAAAAUGGUGGAAUCUCAAGACAUUAAAAUCUGAUCAGCGGAGUGGCUUUUAUUUCGUUUUUGACAUCUUUGUCCCCUUCAGGAGAAACAAGCUCUCUUUUUCUGUUGGAUCAGACAAUGGUGCCUUUGCUGCUUUCUGUGAAAGCUGUAUCAUUGCAAAGUUGGAUCAGAGGAUUACUGCAACAGACACAAACAGUAGAGUGGGACCUUCUGGAGAUUUUGGGAGAGAAAGUAAACCCCACUGCCUUAAAAUACACUCAGUUGUUCUGAAUAUGUUUCUUUAGAUUCUGGGAUAAACCUCCUGCCAUAUGGAUGAAAUGCUGUUGACUUCUCAUGGAAUCUGUGUAAAGCAUACUGUGAUUUAAUGUAUGACAUGUAAAUAUAUUAUAGUAGUAAAUGAUCUGAAAACAGCAAAACAAUAUACUAUCAAUAUAAUCUCGUUCAGUUAACAGCCAUUGUAGAAUAUCUAGGGGAAGAUUCUGUGCCUCUUGCAGCCUAAUGUGUGGCUUUUGAAAAUCUUAAUUCAUCUAUAUAGUAGAUCUUCUCUCAACAUGUUUUCUGAUGAAAAUAACCUGUUUUUAUGAAAUGAGACCCCUGACAUAAGUUUGAAGAUAAAGAGAUGCAUGCCAUUCAUGAUUUUGUUGCAUGAAACAAUAUAUUGUUUGCAAUGUUUAAAGCAUGCCAUUUUUAAUAUCCUCAGAAUAGAAAACAUUGUCAAUUGAAUCUUUCACUAAGAAUUGACCAUAUUUUUGGAAAGUUAACCAGCUGUCAAAAAGCUCAUUUUAAUUAAGAAAACUUUUCAUACUCACUGAUGUUUGCAGUCGAGGGGGAUCUCCUACUAGCAGUGAUUAGGCAAUCUUGAAUACCACUUCAGAGUUGCCAAACUCAAUGCAGUGUUUGUGGGAGGGAUAUCUGCUUUCUGGUUGGUGUGAUAGAGUUGAUACAUUCCUGAGUUUCCUUCAUUCAGAGAAGUUGGGUCUUUUUUUUUUUUUUUUUUUCUUUUUUUUUGGUACAGGAUGCUAUCAGUAUAAAUGUGACUUGUGACUUGAAAGUGCAAAUUUUUGAGGAUUUGGUGAUAUUCUGAUCGUAUGUCUUUGCCAAUGUUAUUAAUCAAAUUUUGAACUGUGUUUGCUUGUGAAGUGCCCAAAGUUGAAGGGUACGACCGCAAGUAACAUCUGUUAGUCAUCAGGUCUUAAUGUUUCAGUUGGGGCUGCCAAAAUACGAUCUUGGUAACUAGUAUAGUCCAAAAUACACAUUAUUGUUACGUAACAUGUUUACAGAACUCCCAUGCAGAUUUAAUUUUAUUAUUCUUUUAAAAAAUGCAGUAUUGUAUCCCAGAAUACUUGUUUAUUAUUCUUAGUGCCAUUGAAAAGACCAAUGUGUUUUGUUAAUAGCAACAAAGCAACAAUUCACAAUAGCUCUUUACACCAAUAUCUGGGCCCUUAAAGACAGGAAGUGUGAAUGUACAAUGCUUUGAUAAUGUCAGUGCCAGACUAAGGUGCUUUGUCAUGAUUUUAAUACAGUAUGCCCUGAAACGCCAAAAGGGCAUCUUGAUUAAAACCAAACAAUUUAAAUAAAUAAUAGAUUUAAAAAAAAAGGAAACAUUCUCACCUCAGUGUGGUUAACUUCAACAUACAUUACAAUAUGCUAGAGAAACACUAAAUUUAGUGUAUAUGAAAAUACAUUUGUAGCUUUUACUAUACAAGUAAUCUAAAGUUGGAUCUGUGGAAUCUAUAUCAAAUGCUUUUCUGUGGCUGAAAAGGGAUUUUCAAAUGGACCGUCAAGUUAGCAUUUGAUUGCAUUAAAGAAAGAGAAAUCAUCUUAUUGUGACUAUUCCAAUGGUUUUGCUUCCAUCCCCUACGGCUUCUGUUCUUCACCCGAGAACCGACAAUGCGGCUUCUCACCAUAAUUAAUUAUGAAGUAUGUUGAUUGGACAUGAGUUUUAAAAUACUGUAUUUAUGUCUGUAGAUAUUUCAAUGUGCUUUAGUAUCACCCAGCCCACCUCUGUGUAAAAUAUUAAAUGACCUUUACUGUCUAAUUUGGAAAAAUGUUUUGGUUUAUUCAGCCCCAUGUUGAAAGGGUGCCUUAUAAGUAGGCCUCAUACUCUGUAUAAUAUUUGUCCAUGUAAUCUUUUAAAAAUAUAUAAUUUUAGUACACAA